AUGAGAGCAGCGGGGGCAGCCACCUACGGGCCACAAGGACGAGGCAGAGAGCGGAGGAAGGAUUCGGCCGAGAUCGAGUGCUACAGAUGCCGUAAAAUGGGACAUGUGGCAAGGAAUUGUCCCAGCGCGUAUGAGGAGAGGCGACGGGACCGCAGGAGCGACGCGCCACGCCGAGGGGGACAGCGGGACUCCAUGGCAGCAGCGACGGGGGAAGAGCAGCAACGAGGAGCCACAGACCGCUGGGAGCGCUGGGCUCGACCCGAGAGGAGCGACAGGGACCAAGAAGGACCCUGCCCCUGGAGCGCCUACAGAGAAGCAGCAGAUGAUGGAGACGAGGACUACUAUGAAGACCACAGACUCAGACCACAGCAACAGAACAGCAGAGGUUUCUGUCAGAGGAGCCAGAGGGAAAAGUCCCCUCUGUGUGACUUCUGUGUCCAGUUCAUGAUGGAUAAGAGGUCUGUGGUGGAGCUUCCAGCUCUGUCUGGAAAAUCUCCAGAGAAAGUGUUGGAACAAUGCGACUACUGCUUGUCCCUGUGUCCUGAGGGCGUCCACGCCUUCAUCAUGAUCACACCACAAGAUGGGCCCAAUGACAAAGACAAGAAUUUGAAUAACUUUAAGAUCACUUUUAUAGAUUCCAUAGGACUGGAUCAAAGGUCAAUAAAAAAAACCCUGCGUCUGAACACGAGCACUCAGCAGGUCCAGGAGCUGCUGAAGGUUGUGGACAAACGCCGUAGUGCUUACACCAAGGACAUGUUUGUUAAAGCUCUCAUUGAAAGCAAGUUCAAUCACAGUUCUAUAGAGAACGCAGCAGAGAUGCCGAGCUCAGAGGGUUUGAGGAUCGCUCUGAUUGGGAAAAGAGGCAGUGGGAAACGUACUACUGCAAACACUAUUCUGGGAGAAAAAUGUCUUGUGCCUGAAGCUGCUCAGCCAAAAGAAUGUGAGAAGGUCAGUCGGCAGGUCCAGAGCCGCACUGUCACAGUGGUGAACACUCCUCCUUUGUUUGAAGACAGUUUCAGUGAAGAGCUCUAUAACUGCAUGUCUCAGCUGUCUCCAGGACCUCACGCCUUCUUACUGCUGCUGCCGAUCAGAAAGAUUAAUGAAGAGGACCGUAACUCUCUGCAGAUGAUCCACAAGAGUCUUGGAGAAAAGGCGAUUGAUUAUGUAAUGAUUGUUUUCACCGGAGGAGAUGAACUGAGUGAAAAUUACACUAUUGAGAACGUCAUAGAGGAAUCUGAGACAGAGACAGACGUCACUGUGUCAUGGCUCCCUCUGCUGGUCGCUCCUGCUCACUGCAUCUGCUCAAUCUACAGGACCUGA